CACAGAGUUGAUCCAGAAGCAAUCCUUCCACAAUGUAUCUUACUGAAUGGGUGUACUGAACAGCAUACAGCAAGGUUUGCCUUCAACAUUUCUAGCAAGAAUAUAGCUGGAACAAAAGAUGUGCCGUUGGACCUUCAGACACAAGUAGAGGAGACUUUUGGUGCUUCUGUUUUCAACGUGCGUAAAGCAUUGUUUGUGGUGUCACCUACGGAGGGACAACUCAUGUCACAGUUCUGUUCACAGUGUGGAGGAAACAACACCAAGAACCUGGCUGGCAGUAAACGCAGGUGUGCAGCAUGUGAGGCGGAACACUAUCCACAGAUGGCCCCAGUGGGAAUUGUGCUGGUGAGCCAUGAGGACAAAUGUCUGUUAGCCAGACAGAAACAGUUCCCUCCUGGCAUGUACAGUGCACUGGCUGGGUUCUGUGAUAUGGGAGAAUCUCUGGAGGACACUGUGAGGAGGGAGGUAGCUGAGGAGGUUGGCCUGGAGGUGGACACUGUCUCCUACAUGUCCUCCCAGCACUGGCCAUUCCCACACAGCUCCAUCAUGUUGGGCUGUAAUGCAACUGUCAGGUCCAUGGAGUUGGAAGUGGACAAGACUGAGCUGGAAGAUGCACAGUGGUUCAGUCUGCCUCAGAUUCAAGUAGCCUUGAUGGCAGGUCCCUUGGGAUUCGACCAUUCCAAGAAAACAUCGGAGUCCAUCCCUCUGUGGAUACCACCUCGUGAAGCUAUCGCGCAUCAACUUAUUAGGAACUGGGCAGAAAAAAAGUUGAAAUCGUUGUGAUGAAGUCUGAAAAUGAUGUUUGACUUUCACAGGGUCUUUUGACAUGAAAACUCAUCAGUGCAAAGCUGCCCACGCAGACUCUACCGGCCUAACUACUUUGGCUAUAGGGAGAACAGUUUGCCAGGGAAGUUUGGCCACCAUUGGGUUUCGAAAUUUCCUCAUUCAGUUGGGCCAACUAUUAACCUUAUUAAUUAUUAAACUUGGACUGACUCUUUUGGCCUGGUAGUAUAUAUAUUAAUUUUCCAAUUUCUGCAAUCUCUUUCUGCAAUCUCUUUCUGCAAUCUCUAUCAUUUAGGAAGGCCUGGUAGAGGCUAGAAUUUUUGACUGAUCUUCAUUGUACCAAAACUUUCUCAGGAUUAAAUUGUGAAUGCAGAAAUGAUCGUGGAGGUUUACAUGUAUACUCAAUACCACUGACAAACUUUUGUUUCUGUCUUCUCUUCGCCUACCCCCUUGUCUAAAGCUGUACAUUUUGUACAAGUUAAUCAGUAAACUAAUCUCUAUUAGUAUUAUCAUACAGCCAGGGGGCCUUGACUAAUCAGAAGGCCUUGUUUCAUGUUGGUUAUGAAACAUAUGGAAAAUCAUUAAGAACUGGUUAUUUAACAGAUAAAUAUGUCAAUGAUGUUCGAAAGAAUGAUCCAAUCAGAGAAGCGACACAUACACAGGACUCUGACCAGGACUCUGAGAGAUACAAGAAUUGUUGACCAAUCAAAAGUACGGUAACCAUUGCAUCCCCAGCAAAGGGGAAUGAGUCCUUCUGAUAAGUGUAUUUCUUGACCAUGUACUAGGGAAGAAAUAUUGAUAUGCAUAAUCAAACAUAAAGUGCCAAAUGAUUUUAACUUUUACGACUGGUGUACAAUGUUUCUCCAUGUUUUCUCAUUUAUUGUACAAAAUAGGUCCUCAGUGGCAUGAAUUAUUGUUGAUCUUCUCAUCCACCCAAAUAACAGAAGUAGACAAUCUUACUUUUACAAAAUGUAGAAGGAAGGCUAUACUA